UACGAUGCCCUCAGUCUUCACCUUCGUGUGUUCCUCGUCCCUGCCCCUGCCUUACGUCUGCCAAGCCUCAGCCGCACACAGAGCCGCUUUAAACGUGGCUCUGUGUGCGGCUGAAUUCGGGUUCAACUCCACAAAACCCUGACAUAGUGUUUUUGGACCUCCUUUUGCCUUUUUAAUGAGCUUCAAACAGAUGUAUGUGACUUGCACUGUGCAUGCCAAGGGGAGUCGCUUGGCCAAGCCUGUCAUGUCUCUGGGGUUCAUGUGUCUUGCCUUCCUCACUGGUCUGAAUCGUGUUGCUGAAUACCGCAACCACUGGUCAGAUGUCAUCGCGGGCUUCAUCAUCGGCAUGGCCAUCGCCACAUUCCUGGUGGUGUGUGUUGUCCACAACUUCAAAGGCAAAUUACUACUGAAUGAGGAGUCUCCUGCUGAGCAGCAGCCUAACACAGCCAUUCUAAACAUGGGCCAAGUGGAGGGAUCUCUGGAGAAGUACAUUGCAUCACAGGAAACAGAUGAUGAAGAUGAGGAAUCUUGCUAUAUUAAGAAGUGCCUCCAAGCUUUCCUGCGCUGGCUGCAGGGUCUCAACUGGUUUCAGCAUCUCAGAAACCAAAGGCAAACAAGCUAUGAAGUGGUUUGGAUAAUGAACUCUGACAACUCUCUGGAGAUAACUGCACACCUUUCUUUCCUACCUCUUCUUUCUGUCUGUGUUUGAUUGUGCCGCCUGGCAUGUGGAGUAGGUCGGGUGCUACAUUAGGAGUAGGUCGGUUGCUACAUUUUUUAUAGAUAAAAAUUUGUAAAUGAAGUCAAUCUGUGUGUAAUUUAUUCUUAGUUUAAACCCUGGUGUUCUCUUUAUGGCCUCAGAGGUUUAUUAGAGAACAUCAGUAAACACACAGCAUCAUGGAGACCAAGGAACACAUUAGAGAGGUUGUGGAGACAGGCUGAGCAUAGACAGCAUUAAUCAGAGAAGCAGCCACAAGGCCUGGUGUAACUUUGGAGGAGCUGGAGAGAUCCACACCUCAAGUGGGAGAGUCUGUUAACAGGACAACUAUUAAGUGGGAACUCCGUAACACAAUCAUCCUGAAAGAGUGGUAGGAGGGAAGCUGUACGUCCUGUUUACAGUUUGCAGCAAGCAUGUGUAAGAAGUUGCUUUGCUCCUACCUGCUUUUUGUGAUCCUGUCAUUUUGUUUUGGUUUAGUUAUAUGGUGAUCACUGUUCUGAUCGCACUCUAGUGUGAAACGCCUGAGUCCAAAACAAAUGUCAACAGCUGACAAUUCCCAAAGCAAAACCUACAUUGACCUUUUUAAUUUGCUUUGCAGACUUGGGGCCUCAUCUUCAAAAGGUUUAGCAUGUAUUAAAACAUGUACAAACGAA